AUGGGUAACAUCUGCCUGAGGCUCCGGACGUACCUGGAGCCCUGUCUCCCCUGCUUGUCUCGGGAAGCAGACAAGUCGGUGGUGAUUCAGAACCCAUGGACUGUCUGCCCCCCCGAUCCUCCCCGGCCGCCGUGUCCGGAGCCCGAGAGAAGCCAGGGCCAGUACUUUGUGGCUCUGUUUGAUUACCAGGCUCGGACUGCAGAGGACCUGAGCUUCCGCGCGGGCGACAAGCUCCAAGUCUUGGACACGUCCCACGAGGGUUGGUGGCUCGCCAGGCACUUGGAGAAAAGGGCAGACGGCUCCGGCCAGCAGCUGCAGGGCUAUAUUCCUUCUAACUAUGUGGCUGAGGACAGGAGCCUCCAGGCAGAGCCGUGGUUCUUUGGAGCAAUCAAGAGGGAAGAUGCUGAAAAACAACUAUUAUAUUCAGAAAAUCAGACAGGUGCUUUUCUAAUCAGAGAAAGUGAAAGUCAGAAAGGCAACUUCUCCCUUUCAGUUUUAGAUAAAGGGGUUGUGAAACACUACAGAAUCGGAAGACUGGAUGCAGGGGACUUUUUCCUCACCCGGAGAAGAACCUUUUCAACACUGAAUGAAUUCGUGAGUCACUACACCAAGACAAGCGAUGGCCUGUGUGUCAAGCUGGAAAAACCAUGCUUAAAGGUACAAGUCCCAGCUCCCUUUGAUUUGUCAUAUAAAACCGUGGACCAGUGGGAGAUCGACCGCAGCUCCAUACAACUUCUGAAGAGAUUAGGAUCUGGUCAGUUCGGCGAAGUGUGGGAGGGCCUAUGGAACAAUACCACUCCGGUAGCAGUAAAAACAUUAAAACCAGGUUCAAUGGAUCCAAAUGACUUCCUGAGGGAGGCACAGAUAAUGAAGAACCUAAGACAUCCAAAGCUUAUCCAGCUUUAUGCUGUUUGCACUUUAGAAGAUCCUAUUUAUAUUAUUACAGAGUUGAUGAGACAUGGAAGUCUGCAAGAACAUCUCCAAAAUGACGCUGGAUCAAAAAUCCAUCUGAUGCAUCAGGUAGACAUGGCAGCCCAGGUUGCUUCUGGAAUGGCCUAUCUGGAGUCCCAGAACUACAUCCAUAGAGAUCUGGCUGCCAGAAAUGUCCUUGUUGGUGAACAUAGUAUCUACAAAGUGGCAGAUUUUGGACUUGCAAGAGUUUUUAAGGUAGAUAAUGAAGACAUCUAUGAAUCUAAACACGAAAUAAAGCUGCCGGUGAAGUGGACUGCGCCUGAAGCCAUUCGUACUAAUAAAUUCAGCAUUAAGUCUGAUGUGUGGUCAUUUGGAAUCCUUCUUUAUGAAAUCAUUACUUAUGGCAAAAUGCCUUAUAGUGGUAUGACAGGUGCUCAGGUAAUCCAGAUGUUGGGUCAAAACUAUAGACUCCCUCAACCAUCUAACUGUCCAUUGCAAUUCUACAACAUCAUGUCGGAGUGCUGGAAUGCAGAGCCUAAGGACCGGCCAACAUUUGAGACACUGCAUUGGAAAUUUGAAGAUUAUUUUGAAACAGAGUCUUCAUAUUCAGAUACAAAUAACUUUGCAUGAUGAACACUGAAGAACAUCAAA